UCCGGUCGCUGCUGAUGAAGCUUCCAGAGUCACACCACAAGUAGUAGCCUGUAUGACAGGGCUCCUACAUAUAGAUAAAACAUAGUCACAGGGCUGACACAGAGCUCAAGAACCAAAGCUGCGAAGGCUUCCAAACUUUUCAUCCUUCCCGUUUGGCUUGGUGAUCCUGCCGUCUUCGUGUCAAUCCCCUGGUCCCUGUCAAGACGCCGAGAUGUACCUGGUGAAGGACAUUAGCGGCGCCAUCGGCCUGAUGGUGGUGGCGCUGGUGCUCCUGGGCACCUGGCCGGUGGUCCUGGCCGUGCUGGAACGCCGAGGCCGGCAGCCGCAGCACACCUUCCUGGACUUCUCCGUCACCAACUUCCUCGCCGCCGUGCUCAUCGCCCUCACCUUCGGCCAGAUCGGCCCCGACACGCCGGCGACGCCCAACUUCCUCACCCAGCUCACUCACUUUCAGAAUAACUGGCCUUCAGUCUUGUUCGCGACGGCCGGCGGCGUCACCCUCAGCCUCGGCACGUUGGCCACGCAGUACGGCUGGGCGUUCGUGGGUCUGUCGGUCACCGAGGUCAUGGCGUCGAGCCUCAAGGUUGUCAUAGGGACAACUCUGAACUACUUUCUCGACGGUCGGAUCAAUAAGGCCGAGAUCCUGUUCCCCGGUGUCGGGUGCUUUCUGAUCGCGGCGAUCCUCGGGUCACUCGUCCACUCCUCCAAUGCUGCCGACAACCAGGAGAAGCUGGCAAAGUCCCUGGCCAAUUACAGCAAAAACACUAGGAACAGUACAUAUGAGGAUCUCACGGAACAAUUCCUUGAGAAAGAGGGACCAAAGGACCUUGAAGAAGCAAAGGUGGAUGCACCAGAGGAUACACACAAACUGGAGAACGUAGAGGCCGGAACUGCAGAGUUCCUGGUUCAUCUCGAGGAGAAGAGGUCAAUCAAAGUGCUGGGCUCCCACACGCUACUGGGCCUCGGCAUCGUCGUCUUCGCGGGCGUCUUCUACGCCCUCUUCACGCCGGCGUUCAACCUGGCCACCAACGACCAGUGGCACACGCUCCCCGCCGGCGUGCCGCACCUGGUGGUGUACACGGCCUUCUUCUACUUCUCGCUCGCCUGCUUCGCCGUCAGCGUGGGCCUCAACGUGUGGUUCCUCUACCGCCCCAUGGUCGGCGUGCCGAGGUCCACGGUGGCGGCGUACCUCCGCGACGGCGAGGGCAGGUGGCUGGCGCUGCUGGCCGGGCUGGUGUGCGGGCUCGGGAACGCCUUCACGUUCAUGGCCGGGCAGGCGGCGGACUCCGUGCAGGCGCUGCCGCUGGUGAGCACGUUCUGGGGCGUGGUGCUGUUCGGCGAGUACCGGCGGUCGUCGCGGCGGACGUACACGCUGCUGGCGAGCAUGCUGCUCAUGUUCGCCGUCGCCAUGGUCGUGCUCAUGGCCUCCUCCAACCACCGGAGGCCGCCGCUCUGACCACCGCAAUCGCCUGUCGGAUGGAAGAUUCAGAUGCUCUGUUCAUGUACGAUGUAGGCUGCUCUGCUUCUGUGAAAGCUUGGUCAUCGAUAAACUGGGAAUGGAUGGAUGAUGGAGAAUGAAUGGGGAUGGUGGUGGGGCCCAACACCACGGUUGAGUAAGGAGCUGACGUGGAGUUAAAUGGCUAGUGCCACCACCAUGUCAAUGAAGUGUUUUUUUUAGGAAACAGGAGGGGAGUGAUCCCUACUGGUUAUAUAUUAAGUAAAUAAUAUAGUUGUGAAA